AUGGAAAAAUUGAAGGUCUUAUUGGCAUUUUUCUGUGCCAUACACUACACGAUGUAUUUCGUUAAAGGGGCUGGUUGGUCUGUUUGGUUGAACCGAGACUACCCAAGUGGAAAGGGGGAUUUUGAAACAACACGGGACUUCAGGAAGGAAGGGCGAUUGCCAUGUGAAGCCCCGUCUGCAAUAGAAUGUAGGACUGUGAGGACCCAUAUUCCUGCUACCAAAACAGGCCAGGUGUUUCAUAAGAAAGCUGCCUGUUCUGUAAUAGGUGGAUUAGCAUGUUACAACAGAAAACAGAAAAACCGUCGAUGUCUGAACUAUGAAGUGAGAUAUUUCUGCCCAGAAGAAGACAACGUUUGUUCUGAGCCAGAAUCGCAUGUACAGGAGCUCCCUCGUGGAUGCAAACCUAGAACUUUUGAUGUGAAAAUAUGUAGUGAAAGCUCGUGCAAGAAUCAAACAGCUGAAAGGCGAUACAAUAAUGAACCAGAAUAUUGUUGUGGCCCAACUUCACAAAAUACAGUCGUCGUACGAUGUGAAAAUGAUAUUACAAUCAAUGUUGUGGUGACGGAAAAAUGUGGCUGUAUUGUUUGCAACCAAGUUAAAGACAAAGAGACAGGGGAAGUGUCUACGCAAGAUACGUCCGUGGUUUUCUAUGGAAGGGCAUUUGGUGUUGAUUCCAAUGAGCCACUGAUCUUUGGCGAGGUAUUACUGGGAAGUGAUUUUAAAACCUAUACAGGUUUCACUGGGAACUUUUACUUCAAAGUGCCACGAGGAGUAACACGAAUUGUUGUGAACGUGAAACCGAGUCGAUGGUUCCCUCAAAAGCUGACACCUGCAACAAAAGCGUUUCAAAUACCUGUAGGUCAUAUUGGAGCAUUUUAUAGAGACAUUCCUAUGAUGAGAAAACAAAAUCCGACGCAGAUUGACUCAAGGAAAACUAAUCGACUUACAAUUGCAACAGUAAAAGAAGACUCAAGCGAACCUUUUGUUCAGAUUUUAACUCCACCGGGUCAAUUUGUAGACAGUAAGGGAAAACGUUUCACUGGCAAACUCAAUGCUUUUAUGAACUUUGUUGACCCGAGGAACCUUUCAUCAAUAAAUUCGAUGCCAGGAGACCUAACAUAUGAAGAUACAAAUGGUAAUACGGGACCCCUGCAGACUUCAGGAAUGUUUCGGUUGGGCUUUGAGGAAUUGGAUGGCACUGAGGUAACAUUAAAUGGAAGUAUUGAUGUAGCGAUUAGAGCAGAUUUUAUUGACCAAACCCAAAUUCCCCCUGUACAGGUAUACACCUUGAAUGGGGCAUCUGGUCGAUGGGGAGAUCCGACCCCGCUUGAACAGGGAACAGGUAGACAAAAGCGUUCAAAAGCAAACUUUCCAAGUACUUUCUUAGUCGGAAAUGCAGUCAUAACUGACAGGUACUGGAUAAACUUUGAUCGGCCAAAUUUGAAUUUUUGUUUUAUAAACACGAGAGUCUACACAGAUGCGUCAUUCAGCACAGAAAUACCAUGGACAUCUUCUACUGACUUGACUGUCAUUGCACUGGGUUCAAGGCCUGGAUAUGGACCAUCUUGGGACAUGAUUACAACUGGAGGAAUGUCGUUCGAGGGAAAAUCGCAAGUUAGGUCGGCCAAAAAUUGUAUCUUGACUGUGUGUGGAGCAUCAAAUAUACACGCUUACUUGUUUGCUGAAAAUGAAAACGGUGCAUUUUCACCCUCAGCUACACUAGGAGGGAGUCUUCCAACGUACCUUGUCGUCAACAGCAUCCCAGAAUUUACUGGCGCUGGUCCUUCAACUACACACAAUAGACCACUCGAGACAACCGCUACUCUAGGUGCCCCUACUUCUAACACCAAUGGACCAGUCUACCAUAGCGUAGACAACUUUUGCGAGAGCCCAGCAUACUGUAGCAGUAAUUGCCCUAAUCCAGCGAACCCACGGUGUUUCUUGUGUGACUCAGUUAAAUGUCAAUAUCACGCCUGGUGGUCAUCAGUACGAUGUCAGGAGGCAACAUCUUCUGAUUCUCAUUACAGGUUUUAUAGAGAUCCAAAUACAUUGCACGAGUACUCAGUCUGUUUGACGGCACAGCCAAUCAUAGGAAUCGCACCUGUUUGUCCUGGUACACCAGCACUUUGGCCAUUGGCCUGGUUUCCUCAAGCGCCAACAGUAUAUUGGGCGUGGUACAUUAAACUGAGAGUGAUGGUAGGCAGCUCUGCAGAUGAAUCCUCAGUUACGGCAACGUCAAAAGACAGUAGCACCGGGGAUAUAUAUGGUAUACGUGAGGAUACGACUUCAAGUAAGACAGUGUGUCUAGAAUUUAAAGGAAGUGGUCCUAUAUUUCCUCCACCGGGGAAUGCAAUUACCCUUGUUGAAAUUGAUGUCCAAGGUACCGGAUGUAGCAUAGGCAGUGUCCUUCCUGAUCUUGCCGAUUUCCAAGUUGCAUCUAGCACACAUCUGUUUGCAUUUCAACCUCCCUUGGGAUCGAGCCACGGAGGUGUUUCUACUGGGUUAUACUUUGCUGAUAAAACUGCUAUGAAUACCGCUAAGGACAUGGCAAAGGCGAGAUGUGAAUGCAGUGACAUAUUGUUAGGAAGUACAAAUUGUGCUGUUCCUUUACCCUCGACAGGAGUUGGUUUAACAGUGCAAUGUCAGCCGACUCCAUCAGGAUAAUUUAAUAGCUUCAACAUUGGACGAAUACAAGGCAAUAUUAAUCGUGAAACUUUUGAACCUAAAUGCAGUCCAUAUUGAACACUCUAUUUACCCCAAAAAAGAAAAGGAUUGGUAGAGAUAUGGCAAACUUAAUUCAACAUUGUUUUGCUCUUUAACCAAGUAAUGAAAACAGUUUGUAAAAAUACACCCUGAGUGUAAUGGUCACCGAUUGACAACAAUCUGAAAAUUAUUUAUGAAUAUUUUACAUUUUUGUUUUUCUGCAAUCUUUUUCUGUUCUUUUAUACCAAUUCUUGAAAAUAAAAUAAAACAUCUAUCCAGACCUUGUUGGAGCAAAAUGAGAUAUACACCAUGUACUGAAAUCUCUCAAUAUCAAAGUUAUUAAAUAUAUAAAGGGAAGUUAUCC